AUGAGAGCGGAGGUCGAAUUCUCAUCAGAGGGUCGAGUGCGCGACCCCUUGGAGGUGCUGCCGCUCCUGCCAGCGCCGUCCCCCCUGUCGUCUCCCUCGGGGCGGUCGAGGUCUCGCUUCGCCCAGGAGCGAGCGAUCAGGGUCAGGACGAACGCCGCUCUGAGGUCCUUAGCCGCGCUGACGACGAACUCGUACCACGACCUGCGGGACUCCAGUUUCGGAUCCUCCAAAGAGUGGGACACGAGCCACGAGCUGCCGCGCAGGAUCUCCGAGAGGGUGCUGCAGUGCCACAGGGACGCGCACGAUCAGAAGAUGUACGACUCCGACGCCGAGUCCGCUUUCGAGCGGCUGGCCUUGCAUGCCAAGCCUGGGACCUACGCGGGCUUCAGUGUAUCAGACAAGGACGACGACGACGUGCCGCAACGAGGGAAGGUCAUGCCCUUCGUGAGCGGCGAAGCGUCUCUGCCUCCAGCGGGGACGCAGCCAUGCGACAUAAGGAUGAUUUCACCAAAAGCGAGAUAUUACUUCGACCGAUUCCACGAGAGGAUGUGCCUGCCGCCCAGCCAGGUCGACGAGGCCGACAUCGAGAAGACGAGAGCCUACAUGGACCCCAGUUUGAGGAGCAGGUCAGCUCGCCUCCAGUUCGCGCUGAGACUAUGGGAGUCAGGCAUGCUCGGUUUCACGGACAUCUGCAGGGCGGAGGUCUCGGUCUUCUUCGUCAUGAAGAAAGUCAACGAGGCAGGCCAGUUCAUUCUCCGGCCCGUCUGGGACCUGAGGCAGGUGAACAAGCGCUUUCAGAAGCCACCUCACCUUUCUCUUGGGUCUCCGAUGGCGAUGGCGGAGCUGGACCUGUCCGACGAGAUCACAGAUGGCAGGGUCUUGCAGUCAACGUGGGGAGACGUGCCAGACUACUUUCACAGAUGCAAGAGCUGCAGCGAGCUGUGGCCGUACAUGGUGUUCGGAGGCGUGACGAUCCCCCAGCUUUUGAAGGAGCUCAAGCGCCAGGGCAAAGGGGUGCCGGCGGUCCCGAAGGGGGCCCGCUACCUGUGCCUGGUGGUGAUGCUGAUGGGCUUCAGCUGGUCACCAGCGAUCUGUCAUGGUGCUCUGGAGGACCUUCUGUGCGAUCUACCUGGCUUCCCGCGGGGAGCUCAGCUGGUCCACGGGCGCGUCCCCCCCAGCUUCUCCGAGACGGCCUUCAUCUACUGGGUGUUCAUGGACGACUUCGCCUCGAUGACCUUGCAGCAGGACGAGAUGAGCGAGGUGGCGGAGGCAGUCCGCGAACACGCUGGGAAGAAGCUCAAGGAGGUGGGCCUCGACAUGCACAAAGACGGAGUCGGGGCAGCGAUGCCCCUCUCUCUGGGCGUGACGAUCACUCAGCGCCCUCAUCGCUUGAUGGCAGCUCAGGAGAAGGUCAAGAAUGUCAUUGGUGCGACCAAGGCCCUUUUGGACCGAGGUCGAGCGACGCCAACCGAGCUAUCAAGGAUAAUUGGGUCGUGGGUGUGGUUGGCGAUGUGCUGUCGGGCCGCCUUCUGCAUGCUGGAUGCUUGCUACAAGUUCGUGACGAAGUACGGCGACGACGAUCAGGUUCACAUCCUGUGGGAGAGCGUGACAAACGAGCUGUACAUGCUUUACCACCUGGCCCCCCUGAUGUAUACCCACUUGGAGUCGAAGUGGAGCUCCAGUGUCUUUGCUACGGAUGCGAGCGAAGAAGGCCUAGGGGUAGUCGAGACGGAGGCGAGCCGGGAAGAAGUCCGAGCCGAAGUCAACCGACAGUGGAGAGCCGACCAUCUUCGGGACAUGGCCAGGGACGAGGAGGAGGAGGAGCUGCUCAGUGGCGAGAACCUCGAGCGAGCCAGACGAGGCAUCCCCCCCGUGGUGUCCGAUGGCGAGGUCCCUCCGAUGAAGUUCAUGGCCGACAUUUUCUCAGGGUACGGCGGCUUCGGGCAGGCGAUCCGCGAGGAACUGCAGUGCCAGACCCUGUUCGUGGACAACGCACGGGAGGCGCGCCACGACCUGCUGGACUCGUCCUUCGUCGAGCUCGUCUGUCGCGCCGUUCUUCGCCCCCUCUUCUUCAUAGUCCACUUGGUGCAGAGAGUACGGGAUGGCAACGCUCUGGCCCAGGCAGCGAUCUCGAUUUGCUACGCGUGCCUGGCAUCGGGGACAGGCUUUUCGCUGGAGAACCCCAGGACCUCGAUGAUCUGGGACCUCCCCGACAUGGCGAAGUUGCUGACGAUGGAUGGAGUUCGCGUAGUGGAGAUGGUGUACUGUGCCUUCGGAGCCCGAUGGAAGAAGCCAACUCGGAUAUUGACCAACGUGCAGGCGCUGGAGGAGCUCGAAUGCAAGUGCUCUCAGGAUCACGAUCAUCAGGAGCUGCGGGGACGCGACUCUCAAGGGCGUCUCUGGACGCGCCUGGCAGCAGUCUACCCGCCACGCCUGUGCAAGGCCUAUGCCUCUUGUGUGGCCAAGGCCGUGUCCAACAACGAGCUGAAGCUGCACGACUGGCGCAUGCGAGAACUCCGAGGCGCAUCGCCGAAGCCAGUCGCAGUCAUGAGUCACUGGGCCAAAGUAUCCCGAUGGCAUCUAGCGUGGAAAGGGGUAUGGGCGUAUCACGAUCAUAUCAAUGUGCAGGAAAUGAGGACGGUCGCGUCGGUAUCUCGUCACCUGUGUCGCUCGUCAAAGAACUGGUUCAGCCGAGUCUUGGUCCUGUGCGACUCUAUGGUGACGGUGGGUGCAGUCAGAAAGAUGCGGAGCUCUUCGCGACCUUUGAUGACGCAGCUGAAGAAGAUCGGUGCGAUCACGCUGGCCACCGGUAUCCGAUUGACGCUGAGGUGGAUACCCACAGACAUGAACCCGGCCGACGGCCCUUCGAGAGGCGAGGAGAUAGGCAGCGCCGAGAUCACCAAGACCAAGUCCGAGCAGAAGAAGAGCGUGAUGGACAGCGACUUCGAGUUCGAGAGGCUCUUCGGGGACAUGCUGGAGAUCAGGGGCAUGCACGACGACUACGACCUGGACGAGAGCUUCCAGGCUGACGGCGACCACACCUUCGACAGUGAAGAUGGGCAGGCUGCUGAUGACGUGGGAAUGUUCGCCGGAGCUCUCGAAGCAGCAGUGACAGUCAAAAAGACGGCCAAAAAGAAAGGCAAGCAACGAGCUCACGUUCCUCAGAACAAGAAAGGCCCCCUCGCCUUCGACAACGCCGCUCGGGGGCCCCCAGUGUCGAGAACCAGCCUGGGCUCUGGCACGCUGGAAGUACCUCUGCGGCUUCUCGUGCACGCAGUUCAGGACAACACUAACGUGUGCUACAUCAAGGAGGUGGAGCCCUUCCUUGUGAAGGUGCGUCUCAAGAGGCUUCCCUUUGCCACGGCGGCCGAGCGUGACAUCACCCUUGCGGCGGAGUUAGACCACAUGUGCUUCGUGGAGAGGGCUUCGGUGUCAAGAGGAUCUGACGCCGGCCAGGCCAUGGAGCCCGUGGACCCGGCAGCCUGA